CAGUUGCCAAGAUGUCGGACAACAAGCGGUGCUAACAUCCUCGCACCACAGACUGGUCAGCAAAUAAUUAUCGAGCCGAGAGGAAGCACCCACAAGUAGUCAACACGAAAUGGCUGACCACACAAGAGCAACCACAACAGCAAGGAGUAAACCAUGGCUGAGUGCGGGUGGGGCCAUUCCCGUGCUGCUGCUCCUGCUGGUCCUUGGGAUCCUGCCCCUGGACACCCUGGCCUUCUGCCCCUCGAAGUGCCAGUGUUUGGGGGGCGAGGCCAACAGCCGGGCGUUGUGUGUGGACGCAGCUUUGGAGGGUGUGCCCAUCCAACUGAAUCCGGAGACGAAGUACAUCAACCUCACGGUGAAUCGGAUACGCAACUUGGAGUUCUCGCUGCCCUUCUACAUGAAGCUGGAGAUCCUCGAUCUCUCGCAGAACAUCAUCGAAACAUUGGGCUCGAAGAACUUCGAGUAUCAAUCUGAGCUGAGAACUCUGAAUCUGAGCAGGAAUUUGGUCAGUUCGCUGCACAAACACGCCUUCAAAGGACUGACCAACCUUUUGCUGCUGGAUCUCAGCUUCAAUCGCAUCGAGACAGUGCAUCCCACCGCCCUCAGUGAUCUGGCUUCCCUGGUGGAACUGGAUCUCACGAACAACAAUAUUGUCAGCUUGGAGGAUAACUCCUUCAAGGGAAUGAGCACCUUGGAGGUCCUGGUCUUCCGGAACAAUCGACUGCUCGACGUUCCGGCGAGCAAUCUGUGGCACCUUCAUGCCCUAAAAAGUCUGGAUAUGUCAUUGAAUCUAGUUGAGUUUGUGCGAAACGACAGUUUCGAGGGCUUGAAGGAGCUGUUGGCACUCAGCUUGCAGGGAAAUGUGAUGAGCGAGCUGGACUUGAGUGCCUUCGAGGGACUCAUUUCGCUAAAGCAUCUAGAUCUGGCCGAUAAUAAUCUUACGAUGGUCCCCACCCAGCAGCUCUCGAAACUUUCGAACCUCACCUAUUUGAACCUGGGUGGAAAUCGCUUUUCCAACCUGCCCGCCGUCGCCUUCCUCAACUUGUUUCAUUUACGCGAAUUGCAUUUGAGCCGGCUGGACUAUUUGCAGCGCAUCGAUUCGAGAGCCUUCGUGGACAACACCCACCUGCAGACGCUGCACCUGAACAACAAUCCCCAGCUGGGCGACAUUCCGAUGCGCCUGUUCCAGGGCAACCCCAACAUCCUGGAGGUCUACAUGCAGAGCAACAGCCUGCAGACAUUGUACUCCGCCCAGUUCCCGGUUGACCAGCUGCAGAAGCUCUACCUCGGCGACAAUCCCCUCCAGUGCAACUGCUCGUUGCUGUGGCUCUGGCGCCUCGUCACCGGCAACUUCGAGGGCGUGGAUCCGGGAAUGGAACAUGCAGCUGGUGGAGCAGUGGCCGCUUUGGCCAAGGAAGCCGACGAGGAGGAACUGGCGGAUGAGGCAACCGCCGUGGCAUCCACCGAUGAUGGAGUGGCUGCCUUGGCCGCCUACAUUGCCGAGCAGCACAUAGUGAAUGCCCUGCACACCACCGAACCCAGUGCCUACGAGCUGGCCACCUCGUCCUCCAGCCGGAACUCGGGAAUCCUGCGGAUGGAUCGCCAGCAAAUCGGUUGCGAUAUCUGGCGGGAUAAGGUGCGAACGCGGCGACAACUGCUCUCGAUGAGCGAGGGCGAGAUCACCUGCCCCGCCCACAUUGUGACCGUGGUGUGUGCGGUGAUCACCUGCCUCCUGGUGGCCAUGAUCGGCGUGAGUGUGCUCUACUACCUGCGGUUCGUCAAACGCCGACGGAAGUUGCUCCACGAACGAGGUCCCCUGCGAACCAGCAAGUCCAUCAUCAAUGUCCACGAUCGCAUCCUGCAGGGUCACAACCCCGGAGGAAUGGGUAUGGGAAUGGGCAUGAGCAUGACCUUGGGCGGUGGGAACCAUGUCAACGGACUGGGCAUGACCCUCAACUAUCCGCAUCAUGCGCAAACCCUGCAGGCCCACCAUCACUACCACCAGGCGAUGCCGCUCCAGUCGCACGGUGGAAAUGGCGGCCACGAAUACCAGCAGACUACUCUGCCGCAACUGGAUAAACUCGAACUGGAGCGGUACUUGGCAGCUCAAACGAUUGCCAAUGAGUACAGAGCGCUGAAGCCAUGGGAACUUCCCGUCAAAGAGGCGGAUGACGAGCCGGAGCAUUUGUAUGAGCGAUUCGAUCACUACGAGUAUCCGGAUACCCACACCAUGAGCAAGCUGAAACAGGCGGCUGCCUUGAAUAUUAACUCCACCUCCUCAUCGGCAGGACCUUCGCCGGUGCCGCCCUCGGCGGGCAAACCCCACGUGGUCUACGUAUGACGUGGGCGUGGCAAGGGCGGCCGAGGAAACCAGAUGAACUCGGAGGCGGACAUGGAAAUGGUCGGACUGAACCACCACCAUCAACAUCACAACAAUAACAACAACUAUAGGGGCUGUGUACAGAGCGGCAAGGCCAGUGGUCAGUUCUGAGUUGGCUAAACCAUGGGGGUUUGCUCAACCGAAAAACAGGGAAAGUGAGAGUUUAGGUUAAGGAGAUUUGGGGAGAGAUAUAGUAAGGAUAGAGCCACUGAAAAUGAGAGCUUUUAGCAGGAAAAUUCGAUGAUUAACUACCUUAUAUUUCAAACAAAAAGAUCUAAUAAAUAAUUUCACAUGAUUUUUAUUUUACCACUGUCUAAAGGAAGUCAUCGAAUUUAUCUGCUAAUUGCACCCAAAGUAUUUAGGUUGCAUUACAAUUUUUUUUCGAAUAAAAACAACAAAGUUUAACAAGCGUCAAAUGAAACAAGGGAUAUGUCUACGUGUAUAGCAAGCAUACAAAUACUCUUAAUGACCUAUGAAUAACAGAUAUAUAAUAUUAGAAGUGUAUACUAACCGCUAAACUAAGAGAAGAAUACGAUUUCAAAGAAACCCUUUUGCUGGCCCCAAACUAAGCUAAGCUGCAUUCAAAUCUCACACACUCUUUCUCUCCCACUCAUAGUUAAAAUGGCAUUUAGCAUUCGAAUACUCUAGAUAGCAUCUAGCGAGUAAGCAACUUACAAGUGAAUUUAAAUAUAUAUAUGGAUAUAUAUUAGGUAUAACGAUGAAGUGCAAGCUAAAGAAGUUCACGGGUUUUUCUUGAUUGGAUUCACGAAAUAAGCGAUUAUGAUAUCAGCACUUGGGUUAAAUGGAGAAAAGGACACAGACUUUGGCAGAAAAUAAAACCUAAAGGGGACCAAAUUGUCCAGUCCAGCCUAGAACUAACUGAAUGAAUCCAACUGCCGAAGAGGUCCUUUUCACAUCCAAUAUCCCGCUGAGCCAUAUUCCCAAGUUUCCUAACUUUAGCGAGCAUCUCGAAUGACAAUAUACAAACAUUAAGGGGAAAACUAAAAACCUAAAUUAUAACUUCUACAUUAACUUAUCUUAGAGAGCCACAACUAAAAGUUAUAAUAAAAUAAAUAUAAUUUGUAAAUAUCCCCUGAUGGGAAAGCACUCAGAAAAGUGUUUGUACGUUUAAUGUAAAUAAUUUAUGGAAUGCAUUUAAAAACUUUAGUCAAGUGCAUAGAUUAUUUAUUUAAGAAUAAAUGAUUUCCAAAAAGCAAUAACUCAAAAUAAAAGCUCGUUUGUUGUUAUUUUUCGGUUGAGUUUGAUUUGCGAAUAAUAAUUUAAUUAAAUGCGACAACAGCAUGGCAAAUAGCGAGCAAAACUAACCGGUAUUUGCAUAAAAUAGCCACACCGAGCACACAAAAAGCAAGUGUAAAAAUAUUUCGAAAAUAAAAAGUAUAUGCGUGUGUACUAAAUAAGCAAAAUCAAAAGGCAGACAAGCAAUGCACGAAAUGCAUUUAGAAAAACAUACAGAAAAUAAAAUCUGAAUAUAAAUAAAAACCAGUUUGUGUAUAAAAGGAGCAAAACGAGAAAGCAAGGGAAAUGGCAAAUAAAAGCCAGGCAAACGUAAGUUUAAAUCUAAUAAUAUGAUGUACGCAAAAAUAUUUAAUUAAAUGAUAGACACACCCACAGCAAAAACAAGAACAAAAAAAUGUUAUUUCUUAUACGAAGACUGAAGAAAAUGAUGAAGCGAAAUAAAAAAACAAAAAAUUAAAAA